UACAAGACAAGACAAAAUGGAUAUAGGAAAAAUGGACGGCGAUGGCUAGAAAGCCGGUGACGUCGAACGCAGCCCGAACAAGGAGAGGAUCCGACUUCGGCGGAAGUCUUGACACCAUUUUUACAGGAAUUAACAUACAUAUAACCCUUAACCUUUACCCUUUAACAUAUGCCCCCUGCCUUCUCUUCCUCCUGACAGCGACCUGGAUGUCGGUGCGAUGCGCGAUGCUGCCGCCCUGCUGGUGGGUACCCAUAACUUCAGCUCCUUCCGAGCCCUGAACUCUGAGACACCGUUUAAAGACCCGGUAAAGACCCUGGAGAAGGCCAGUCUGGAACUCGGAGACGCCUUUGUACACAAACACUUCCACAGAGAUAUUCAGUUCUGGGAGCUCACCUUCAAAAGCAGAUCCUUCCUCUACAAACAGGUGCGUAGGAUGACAGGGGCUCUGGUGGCAGUUGGCCAGGGACAGAUGUCUGUCUCUGGGGUGAAGGAAUUACUGGAGGCCCAGGACUCUCAGGCCUACCCACACAAGCUCACAUCACCCCCAGAAGGACUCUUCCUCACCAGGGUGGAGUACCACCGGUCAGACCUGCAGCUUUACACUCAGGAGGAUUCACAGAGUUGAUUGUGGUUCUUAUGACCUAGGCCCAAUCCCAAAUGGACCCCUAGACGUUAUGCCCUACGCAUUUGUGGAGAUCUGAGAGGAUUUGAAAAGCAAUUUACUAAUACCUCCAAUUUGCCCCUCUAAUAGACUUGGUCAGGGGUGUCAAACUAAUACCAUGGAGGGUCUAGUGUCUGCAGGUUUUAGUUUUCUAACACCUAGAUACCCAGGUGAGGGGAGGUCCUUACUGAGACCUUGACAACCAGGUGAGGGGUUCCUUACUGAGACCUAGACAACCAGGUGAGGGGAGGUCCUUACUGAGACCUAGACUACCAGGUGAGGGGAGUUCCUUACUGAGACCUAGACAACCAGGUGAGGGGAGUUCCUUACUGAGACCUAGACAACCAGGUGAGGGGAGUUCCUUACUGAGACCUUGACAACCAGGUGAGGGGAGUUCCUUACUGAGACCUUGACAACCAGGUGAGGGGAGUUCCUUACUGAGACCUUGACAACCAGGUGAGGGGAGUUCCUUACUGAGACCUAGACAACCAGGUGAGGGGUGUUCCUUACUGAGACCUAGACAACCAGGUGAGGGGAGGUCCUUACUGAGACCUUGACAACCAGGUGAGGGGAGGUCCUUACCGAGACCUUGACAACCAGGUGAGGGGUGUUCCUUACUGAGACCUAGACAACCAGGUGAGGGGAGUUCCUUACUGAGAUCUAGACAACCAGGUGAGAGGAGUUCUUUACUGAGACCUAGACAACCAGGUGAGGGGAGUUCCUUACUGAGACCUAGACAACCAGGUGAGGGGAGUUCCUUACUGAGACCUAGACAACCAGGUGAGGGGAGUUCCUUACUGAGACCUAGACAACCAGGUGAGGGGAGUUCCUUACUGAGACCUAGACAACCAGGUGAGUUCCUUACUGAGACCUAGACAACCAGGUGAGGGGAGUUCCUUACUGAGACCUAGACUACCAGGUGAGGGGAGUUCCUUACUGAGACCUAGACAACCAGGUGAGGGGAGUUCCUUACUGAGACCUAGACAACCAGGUGAGGGGAGUUCCUUACUGAGACCUGGACGACCAGGUGAGAGGAGUUCCUUACUGAGACCUGGACGACCAGGUGAGGGGAGUUCCUUACUGAGACCUAGACAACCAGGUGAGGGGAGUUCCUUACUGAGACCUAGACAACCAGGUGAGGGGAGUUCCUUACUGAGACCUAGACAACCAGGUGAGGGGAGUUCCUUACUGAGACCUAGACAACCAGGUGAGGGGAGUUCCUUACUGAGACCUAGACAACCAGGUGAGGGGAGUUCCUUACUGAGACCUAGACUACCAGGUGAGGGGAGUUCCUUACUGAGACCUAGACUACCAGGUGAGGGGAGUUCCUUACUGAGACCUAGACAACCAGGUGAGGGGAGUUCCUUACUGAGACCUAGACAACCAGGUGAGGGGAGUUCCUUACUGAGACCUAGACAACCAGGUGAGGGGAGGUCCUUACUGAGACCUAGACAACCAGGUGAGGGGAGGUCCUUACUGAGACCUAGACUACCAGGUGAGGGGAGUUCCUUACUGAGACCUAGACAACCAGGUGAGGGGAGGUCCUUACUGAGACCUAGACAACCAGGUGAGGGGAGUUCCUUACUAAUUAGUGACCUUAAUUACAAGUACAAGGGAAGAGCAAAAACCCACUGACACUUGGUCUUCUGUGCAAUGAGUUUGACACCUGUGGGUCAGGUGGAAGUUUCACCAUAUUGCUAAUACAAAUCAAAUCCUCUCAGAUCUCCACAAGUGCGUAAGUUGUAGGGUCUGGGAGUCCGUUUGUGAUUGGGCCACAGUACAAUGUCUCUCAACCUCCGCUCCGGGGACCUGUGGGAGACACAUAGUGAACAUCCUGGUAUUGCUUGAAUGUUUUGUUGGGUAUAUAAAACCUUUAUUUUAUGUAUAGUACAGUAUGUAUUCUACUAAGUGUAUAUAUGUAUUUCUUGCUGUACUACGAAAUGUAUAAUAUGGUCAUUAUAUCUGUUUUAAGACUAUGUAAACUUUAAUCUAUGGAGGUGAUUCUACUGUGUGAGUUAAAUAAGUUCUCUCUCUCAGCCUGUAAAUAAUGUUUCCUGUAUUCAGUGUUCCUGGUUCCUUAAUUGUACUCAGUCUUAUAAAAUGAUUUCACUGA